AUGAAGGUGAGUGUUUUACGUGUCCUUUUUACGGCUGGAACGUCGUGUGAAGCCGCUCAGAGUCGAAUACUCGAAGAUGCAUCAUUGAUGUGCAAUUCCUGGUCGCCACGACAUAAUGGUGACAUAUUCAGUGGUCUUAACGACGGACUGUUGAGUAGAGCUGAGGCGUUGGCUGCAGUGGACAUCAGCAAGCACCAAUCUGGACCUCAGCCGGGACCCCCUCUUCCACAGCUCAAGCAUGACAUGGUGUAUCAUCAUGGGGUUGGCGGACCACCUCCUCAUAACACGAGGCCGCAUCAGAUGGGUCAUCACGGUAUGGAGGGUUUGGACAUGCUUGAACCAGGUUCAGCGACCUCCAUGACGACUCUCGCGCCCAUGGGAGAGGGGGCCCCUCCACACCACCAAUUACACGGUUACGGCGCUAUGAACCACGUCAUGAACCAUCAUCAUCACAGUGGCGGACUAGCCCAUGCACCACCAGCUCACUUAGUUCACCCCGGCGCCGCACUGCAUCCAGACACCGACACAGAUCCUCGCGAACUAGAAGCCUUCGCCGAGAGAUUUAAACAGCGCAGAAUCAAACUUGGCGUCACACAAGCUGAUGUCGGAAAAGCCCUAGCCAACUUAAAGCUACCCGGCGUCGGAGCACUCUCUCAGAGUACAAUAUGCCGAUUCGAAAGUUUAACCCUAAGUCACAACAAUAUGAUAGCACUAAAACCGAUUCUACAAGCGUGGCUAGAAGAAGCGGAAGCCCAAGCAAAAAAUAAAAGAAGAGAUCCAGACGCUCCGAGCGUUCUGCCAGCUGGGGAAAAGAAGAGAAAGAGAACAUCUAUAGCUGCACCGGAGAAGAGAAGUCUCGAGGCAUAUUUCGCUGUUCAGCCGAGGCCGUCGGGGGAGAAGAUAGCGGCGAUCGCGGAGAAGUUAGAUCUAAAAAAGAACGUAGUUCGCGUGUGGUUCUGCAAUCAAAGGCAAAAACAGAAGCGUAUGAAAUUCGCUGCGCAACACUGA